AUGUAUACCUCACGCUCGUUAUUUUCAACCUUGGCGAAUUGCCUCUCUCUGGCAACGCUCGUUGCAGCGGUUCCGGCCACCAACCACCAUCUGACAGUUUCGAAACGCAAUGCGAAAAUUGAACAAAGUGUGUUCUUCAACAUCAACGGCACCGAGGCCGAGAUCAGGAUUGCAAAACUGAAAGCUGAGGGAUACCGACCAAGUUCCCUAAAUGUACACGGCUCGCCCCCCGAUGCAAAAUAUGCCGGCAUCUGGACAAAGCAGGACGGCAGUCGAUAUGAAACUAUCGUGGGCGCCAACGAAACCGCUUACAAUGCAUGGCUGGCUCAGUGGAAGACCAGUGGCUAUGUCUCGACGCACGUAUCUGCCACCGGGCCCGCCUCGAACGCAGUGUUUGCGGGAGUGAUGGAGCAAACAUCUUCGGUUGGCAACUGGACUCAGACGUGUAGUCUUGAUGACCCUUACAUAUAUGUUAAUACGACCGAUGGAACACCCAUGACAAUCAAAGGCGUCAGCAUGUAUGGCGUCGAGGGCGAGCGCAAGUACUGCAUCCUCGGACAUGAGGACACGAACAAUCACAUACAGACUGUGUGGUACCAGAAGGACAAGUUGAGAUAUGAUUUUGACAUGUUGUUGUCUUCAGAGACUUCGAAGAGAUUCUGGAGACUGGUUUUUGUUGACAGUUCGGAAGACCAGAUUCUUACGCCCAUCUUUGACUCGACAAGUGUUGGGCAGUGGACAGUUCGUACCAAUCUCACUACAUUGCAACUCAAGACGGAAAUGGCCGCUCAAAAGGCCAAGAACAUGUACCCUACGCACAUUUCAGGCGCAGGCUCCGCAGAAGCAAGAUACGCCGUCAUAUUUGCAGAGAGGCUCACCCCGCUAGAGCGCGAAUGGCACGUCACAGGCACUGUUGGCGGCUUCCAAGACAACGACGGUAUCCGCGAUACUCUGGACCAAGUAAUGCAAGACUUUAUGAAAAGGAACAGUGUCCGACAAGCCCAAGUCGCCGUGUCCAUCAAUGGAACUGUCGUCACUUCGCGAGGGUAUACAUGGGCCGAGAGCAAUCGCGCCAUUGUCCAACCGUCGGAUAAAUUCCUGCUCGCGAGUGUAUCCAAGGCCUUCACGUAUACCGCAGUGGACCACCUCAUAUCGACAGGCAUGCUCAAUUUGACGACCCGCGUCUACCCCCUCCUCGGCUACAACAACCCCAAAGACGCCCGCGCGUUGAACAUCACGGUGGACCAGCUCCUCAACCAUACGGCGGGCUUCGAUCGCAGCAUCUCGCCUGAUAUCGGCUUCGUCUUUACCCUUGUCGGGCAGUCACUCAAUCAGGCCACGCCCGCCACGCUACGCCAGGUCAUCGAAUGGGUCUAUGACCGGCCACUCGAUUACACGCCCGGCGAGAAGACUGUUUACUCCAACUACGGGACCAUGCUAUUGAGCUACGUGCUGACCAAUCUGACGGGCCACACGUACAAGUCGUACCUUGAGAAGCACGUGCUCGCGGGCUACGACGUGGAACUGUGGGAGACGGCAGCGGACAAGCACCUCAACGACGCUAUUGUGCAGGAAACACAGUAUACCGGCAUUUCUGCCUUGACGCCGCUGGCAAAGAACAGAGUCUCCAACGCGAACGGUGGCGACGGGGGCAACAAAGAGGAAGCCAUGGGUGCGUAUGGGCUCAAAUGUUCGGCAGCCACCAUAGCCCGGUUUUUCAGCACCCACGCAGCUUACUCGACUGGCGGACACGAGCCAUACGCGAGCCGCGACGGCACAAUGGCUGGCGCACGCACAAUUGGUUACAGCUUGCCGACAAUGGAUUGGGCCUUGACGCUGAACACGAGGGACUUUGUGACUGACCAGGCUUUCUGGGACCUGGUGUAUGGAGGGAUGCUGUAUAAUUUUGCGCGCUUUCCAGUCGUAGAUUCCUUGUAA